AAUUCACUCAACAAUAGAUGGCACUUUCAACUUAUUCAAAUCAAUGUCUUAUGUUAAAUCUUAUGUUAACUAUUAUUUAACUUGUUUCUUGUCGAUGUUAUUAUCUAUGAUUUCCUGAUUGUCCCGUCGUUUAAUUGUUAUUGUUAAGAGGAACACAAUGCUUGAGCAUCAAAAGGAGAUGGGAUCAAAGGGAUUGGAGGAGGAGGAGGAACCAGAUGAAUAGUAUCAUGAUAAGGUGUACAAAUUGUUAGAUGUUCAUCUUAAUCAACCCUAAGGUAGCGUCUCUGAUUGAUCAUCACGAUAUUGUAUAAAUUGAUUAACAGAAUCGUAUUAAGAGCUGAAAAUGAAAUCAACUUCAAAACUGUGCACAUUGUGAUUGUCAAUUGUUAAUUGUUGUUUGUGUAAAUUUGUGUUCGUCGGUUGUGAUAGUAAAUUUGUAUAUGCUCAUUAUUUUACAUAAUUAUAGUUAUAAAAUUGAGUGAAACUAUUCUGUUGUGUGAAAAAUUGUUACAAGCAAAAGAAGAUAGAAACGUGUAAAUGAUAAUGAUGAUGAUAAAGAUGAAAAUGAUACCUCGGUGGUCCUUAAUUAUGAUAGUAAUAGCAUUUAACCUGAUAAUGAAUACCAAUGGAUUUAACGUUGAACGAUCAUCAUCAUCAACUCGCCAAGGUAAAACACCAAAAUCAUCAUCAAGUAAUGGUCAGUUUGGAAAGAAUGGUGUUGAUUCAAAUCAUGGGUCAACUCAUUGGAAAGGUAAACAAUACAUGGAAACCAAUGACGAUCAUCAUGAAUCAACAGCGAAUCAAGAAGUGCCUAAAGGAGACUAUUUAACUGAUGCUGAAUUUCAAAAAGCUCGGGAUUGGAAAGGUUUUGUCGAUGAUUGGGAAAGGAAAGCUAAAGAUGAAUUGGCUGAUGCUAUUAAUGAAAACAUGAAAAUUGAUUCAGGAAAAUCGGAAAAUGAAGAUGAAUAUAAAGGUCGUUACGAUGGUGGACAUUAUCAGAGUCGCGAUCAUAACGAUGAGCAUAAAAAUGUUAAUAAUAAGCAAAUUGGAUCCAUUAAAACUGGUAAAGCAGAUUCAGAUUCAAAAUAUGGUAACACACCAACCAGUUGGGAUUGGGAUAAAGAGUCUAAUGGUGCUUGGACAAAGAAAUCAGAUGAUGGACAGAAACACGAUUUUGGUAAAUUUGAAAAGUACCAUCAAAAGUUUGCUGACCAUGAGCAGGCUAAUCAAGGAGAUGAAUUAGAUGAAGUUACUGGUCAAAAUGAAGAUAAAACAGAGAACCAACAAUAUGGUAAAAAGUUGGGUGGUUGGGAUAAAACUGGUAAAUCAGGUGAUCAUCAUUUCCAAUCAGGACACAAAAAGGAAACCUCACACAAUAAUAAAUUUGAUGCCAAUGAUUCUUGGAAAGGUUGGGAUUAAUUGGUUAAUCAAAGUGAAUUAACAAAUGGAUAAAAUCAUAAAUCGAUUGCAAUCAAAACAUUUGGACAAUUGACAACAACAGGCUGGUUCCUGGUUAAAAUUCAAUUGUUGAAAUUCAACUUUCUUUUCAACUGUUUACUUUUUUUUACAAAAAUAUUGUUAGUUUUGAUGAAUAAUUAACAAUCACAAAAUAACAAUUUACAAACAUUUAAGAUAAACACAGUUCAUCAUGAGUCUUCAUAUUGGGUUGAAGAUGCUGUUAAACUGUUUCUGGUUUCAUGAGAAAGUUUUUACAACAAUUUACUGAUAAUUUGCAAUUAACUA